GGACCGCUCCAGCCGAGGGCUUGUUGGUAGGAACCUGCUUGGCGUCGGGUCUUAGGAGAGCUAGGAAGUGGCUGUGUCUGUGGCUGAAGCAGGCGUCCGGGAGAGUCUAUAGGAAAAGGGCGACAUGGACGAUCAGGGCUGCCCUCGGUGUAAAACCACCAAAUACCGGAACCCUUCCUUGAAGCUGAUGGUGAACGUGUGCGGACACACUCUUUGUGAAAGUUGUGUGGAUUUACUCUUUGUGAGAGGAGCCGGAAACUGUCCUGAGUGUGGCACUCCACUUAGAAAGAGCAACUUCAGAGUACAACUUUUUGAAGAUCCUACUGUUGACAAGGAGGUUGAGAUUAGGAAAAAAGUGCUUAAGAUAUACAAUAAAAGAGAAGAAGACUUUCCUAGUUUGAGAGAAUAUAAUGAUUUCCUGGAAGAAGUGGAAGAAAUUGUUUUCAACUUGACCAACAAUGUGGAUUUGGACAACACCAAAAAGAAAAUGGAGAUAUACCAAAAGGAAAACAAAGAUGUCAUUCAGAAAAACAAAUUAAAGCUGACUCGGGAACAGGAAGAGUUGGAAGAAGCUUUAGAGAUAGAAAGACAGGAAAAUGAACAAAGGAGACUAUUUGUACAAAAAGAAGAACAACUGCAGCAGAUUCUAAAAAGGAAAAAUAAGCAGACGUUUUUAGAUGAACUGGAGAGUUCUGAUCUCCCUGUUGCUCUGCUUUUGGCUCAACAUAAAGAUAGAUCUACUCAGUUGGAAAUGCAGCUUGAGAAACCUAAACCUAUAAAACCAGUGACAUUUUCCACAGGCAUCAAAAUGGGUCAGCAUAUUUCAUUGGCACCUAUUCAGAAACUAGAAGAAACACUGUACGAAUACCAGCCACUGCAAAUAGAGACAUGUGGACCACAUGUUCCUGAGUUUGAGAUGCUAGGAAGACUUGGGUAUUUAAAUCAUGUCAGAGCUGCCUCUCCACAGGACCUUGCUGGAGGCUAUACUUCUUCUCUUGCUUGUCACCGAGCACUACAGGAUGCAUUCAGUGGGCUUUUCUGUCAUUCUCCUUUAUAAGAUUUGGACCUUGGAGCCGAACCAGGGAACUAGCACAAGUAAAGCAGACUUGUAAAAUUAUAGCCAUGUGCAGCUGCACAACAACAGGACUACUUAACUAGCAGCUGUGUUAAAGUAUCUAUAAAGAGAAAAUUUCAAAACUAACCUGAGUAAUAUAGUGGAAAAGUAUUCGUGAAAAAUUUAUUUUUUACUUAUAUUUUUUCUGAGAGGGAUUGAAACUUUAAGCCUCAUCUGAUGGAAGAUAUGAGUAAUUCACCUAUGUAUGCUUGAAGUUGACAGACUUGUAAAAUUUUUUUAAAAAUAAAGCUAGACUUUAUAUUAAA